AGGAGGAUCGCAAGUGUUUCAGUGAGUGUCGCAAGUGUUUCAGUGAGGGUCGCAAGUGUUUCAGUGAGUAUCGCAAGUGUUUCAGUCGGCUCAGUUCGGUCAUUCCUCCAGCACAGAGGUCGAUGCAAAUGGGGGGUCUGUGGGUCUCACGCGAAACGUGACGCUGCUGCUGAAGCACCGCACCGACGUGAACGCCAAGAACAUGCUGAAGAUGAGUGCACUGCACUGGGCCACAGAGACGUGCUGGAGCCGAUGGUCACACGUAGAGCAAGUUCUGCAGAAACACACUGGACAUCACGCUGGACAACAGCAGCCACGAGCUGACCGAGAUCCUGCAGGUUCACAGACACUCAGAGCUUCUUCUGAUGCUCUCAGGCAGUUUUACUCUCAGUGCUCGACUGUCCAAGUCUUUGACACGUGAGUGGUUUGGUGACAGCGCCACCUGCUGAUAAAAACAGGCAUGAUAAACUUUUAAAUGUCAAACAACUGUUCUGUUUUUUGGAUUUAUGCUUUUUAUUUUGUUCCUGUAAUCACCAGAGAUUCGUUCACUUCACCAGAAGAUGAAGUUAUAAGUUAUUAUAGUUCAUUAAGACUAAAACCCAUAAAAAACUGCUUUUUAGUUCAUUUAAUUAAAUAAUUUAAGUAACUGAAAUAAAAUAAAAUAGAAAACCUUUUAUUUUUUUUUGUAAAUGAGACAUGAAUGAACUUUAAACAGUUAAUUCUGAAAGUAUCAUCAGUGCAUCGGUCAGACAGAUCAGCUCAUUCAUUUAUUAUUAGCCUGCUUUACUGAACUGAGCGGUGGAUUUCUGCAUAGAUGAGAAGAAUACGCAGUAAUUGAAUGUACAUCUGUAAUACAAAGUAUUGAUGUUUAUUAAUAAUAUUGAUGAAGUGGUUCUAAAAAUUAGCAGAAACAGCUGUUAACAAGUACAUCUGUGUCAAAGUGUGUUCAUGAAUAUGAUAAUUGUGCAUCAGGUGGCAAUACAGAACCAGAUCAACACGAACCCCAAGAGUCCAGACACGCUGACCAUCCACACGCUGACCAUCCACACGCUGACCAUCCACAUGCCCUGGAGGAGUAUUUAAUCUCACCGGACUUGUGUCAACUGCCAACAACAGCAAAUCUACAGGUGACCCGACCUGCGUUUAUGAAUGACCUCCUUUGUCAGAAACACUCGUGACGCAUGAUUGUGUGUUUGCUUUCUGUGCAAUGAAGAAAAUUACCCUGCAGUUAUUUGAACAAACAGCGUCUCAGAGCAGCAUCAAAGCUCUGAUCCUGUGAAAUCAGCCUGAUGCUGCCGCUGGACGCUCUCUGUUGUUGUUGUGUAGAGUAAGUGCAUUCUGAUGGAGAUGUUGAUCUGAUGAUGGGAUGUCAUCUAACCCUCGUCUCUGACGCAGAGCUGAUCUCCGUCGAUGGAGACAUACAGCAGUACAUGAGCUCUGGAGUUCAGCAGGUCAUUACCAUAGUAACAGACAGCAUUCACCUGGGCAAUCUGCAGACGGGCACAGGCAUCAGCCAGCCCAUAAUAGUCCCUACGCCUGAUGGGCAGCAGAGUGAGAGAAACACAUAAGCACGAACAUAUAGAGAAGUGUGUGUGAGUGUUUGCUUGGCUCUCUCAGAGUGUGUGUGUGUGUGUGUGUGUGUGUGCGUGUGUCUGUGUGUGUUUGCCCGGCUCUUUCAGUGUGUGUGUGUGUGUGUGUGUGUGUAUGUGUUUGCUGCUGCUGACGCUCUCGCUGGAGAACUUUCAGGUACAGACACAUGUCCCACAAUCCCUCUCAUGAGCUGGUUUAUGUACAAUAACAUGCUUUCAAUAAAAUUCCAGGAACUCAGAAGAUCAUGGUGCUCGCAACGCCAGUGAAAGCAUGCAAUGAUCAGAUGUGUACUGUGAAGGCGGUGCAAGUGUCUUUAGAUAAAAGCAUCUGCCAAAUGCAUCAAUGUAAAUGCACAUUUUUAUUUGAUUAAUCAAAGCAAUGAUGAGCAUAUAACACACAAGAUUCUGAGGCGCCGAAAUACAGGCAGCAGUUCCUGAAGAAGGAGGCGUACAGACAGAAGCUGACCCUAACCUAAUCACACACAGAACGUGAAGAAAGACAUCAGUGUCUGUGCUUUCUGUGACCGGAUCUUUAUCAUUCAUUUACUUCAGUUCUUUCAUGAAGCCUCUCAGCUGUGGUGCUUGUGUGGCCGACACAGGUUCGAUUCUGACCCACAUCCCAACACCCUCCACUGGCCUUAGGGUGAAGAGGGUUUAACUGCGCAGUGAUGUCAGAUGUCAUGUGAUAAUGUGUUUGAUCUGCAGACUCAGACUCAGUUUCCUCACUGAUAAUCAACAUGGAUCUCUUGUGUUUACAGAGUUUUGCUGCUUGUUGUUUGUGAUGCUCUUUUCAGGAUUUCUGUCAUAAAAAUAUUAUUCUUAAAAGACAGCAGGGCUGGAUUUGGUUUCUUUGAGGAGGAUCUGAGCAUCUCUGCUGAUUAAAAUCUGAAUAAAUGCACAAUACAAGGGUUUUACAGUCUGAACCAGCAACAGCAUCUGUGUGUCUGAAGAUGAAGCAUUACAGUAUUGGGGAUGUUCUGAGCUCUUAAACACAUAUAUUUCAGAAAGGGAUGUGCUGUUCUGAAUCAGAGCGUGUCUUUGUGUAGUUGGUGUGUUUGCGUCAGUGGGCGUCUCCGUCAGCAGCAGUUAUAAGAGCGGACGGAGAUCUGAAGCUCGCUGAUCUUCUCUUCCUCUGACAGACGUGAUGCAGUCGCAGGAGUACAUGAUGAGAGGGAAGGAGAUGGUGGAUUUCAUCCAGCAGUAUCUCACACGGAUCCGAGAGCGGCGGGUCGUUCCAGAUGUUCAGCCGGGUUACAUGCGUCCUCUGCUGCCCAGCAGUGCCCCGUAUGAGCCGGAGGAUUGGAGCAGCAUCAUGAAGGACGUGGAGAACAUCAUCCUGCCUGGGGUUGUUCAUUGGCAGAGUCCUCACAUGCAUGCGUAUUUUCCUGCACUCACCUCAUGGCCGUCUCUGCUGGGUGACAUGCUGGCAGACGCCAUCAACUGCCUCGGCUUCACCUGGGCAUCUAGUCCAGCGUGCACUGAGCUGGAGAUGUGUGUGUUGGACUGGUUGUGUAAAGCGCUUGGGUUGCCAGAUCAUUAUUUACACCAUCAUCCACAGAGCAACGGAGGAGGAAUCCUGCAGAGUACGGUCAGUGAGUGUACACUGGUCGCUCUGCUCGUUGCGAGGAAAGACCGAAUCCUGCAGAUGAAGAGUGAGUUCACACACGCCGACACGGACGAGUCAGUGCUGAACUCCAGACUCAUCGCAUACGCCUCCGACCAGGCUCAUUCCUCAGUGGAGAAGGCCGGUCUGAUCACUCUGGUGAAGAUCCGGUUCCUGGAGACGGACGAGGCGUUUUCUCUGCGUGGAGAAACUCUUCAGCAAGCCAUCGAGGAGGACCGCAGGAGAGGAUUCGUACCCGUGAUGCUGUGUGCGACGCUGGGCUCCACCGGUGUGUGUUCGUUUGACCGUCUGGAUGAACUCGGCCCUGUCUGUGCUCGUGAGGGUCUCUGGCUGCACGUGGAUGCGGCGUAUGCAGGUUCUGCUCUACUGUGUCCUGAACUACGUUAUUUUCUCAACGGAAUUGAGUUUGCUGAUUCAUUCGUCUUCAACCCAUCCAAGUGGAUGAUGGUCCAUUUUGACUGUACGGCGUUCUGGGUGAAGAAUAAGAUGAAGCUCCAGCAGACGUUCACCGUCGACCCGCUUUACCUGAGACAUGAGAACUCAGACGCCACUGACUUCAUGCACUGGCAGAUCUCUCUGAGCCGCCGCUUUCGCUCUCUGAAGCUGUGGUUUGUGAUGCGCUCCUUCGGUCUGAAGAAGCUGCAGGAUCACAUUCGACACAGCGUGGAGAUGGCGAAGCUGUUCGAGUCUCUGGUCAGAAACGACACAAACUUCCAGAUCCCAGCGCAGCGGCACCUCGGUCUGGUGGUCUUCUGCUUACGAGCUGGAAAUGGAGCGACGCAGGAGUUACUGCGGAAACUGACUAAAUCAGGCCAGAUGUUUCUGAUUCCAGCCGCCAUCGGGAACAAACUCAUCAUCCGCUUCGCCGUGACGUCUCAGUUCACGAGCGCUCAGGACAUCCAGAGGGACUGGAGCCUGAUCCAUCAGACGGCCAGAGAAGUGCUGCGCUCCUGCGCUCUCACACGCCAGCCCAGCAUCAUCUCAGACGAGGAGAGCGAGGACGAGCUGAGCCGCAUGCGUCUGGAGCCCAUGAUCGACGAGCGUCUGGUGCGGCAGGGACAGAGACGUGCCACCCGCUCCCUGAGCUGCAGCGCCGAGCUCCCGCCCCAGAGAGUGCAGAGAGACGCCCCGCUGGAGCAGAUCCCCGAGCGGCCGGCGCCGGAGCACCGAGCACAGAAGAGGCUGCUGAAGUUCCACAGCGUGCCCAGUCUGUCUCAGGUGUGGGCCCAGUGCGGCAUGCAGCAGCUCUACCAGCCCUUCAGACGAGGAUGGGUCACCAGCAGAGCCAGCUGCUUCAACUGCUUCCCUCUGGAGACCAGCCCUCUGCCCACCAAAUAACAUCACCUAUACAUAACAUAACAAAUAACACACUCACACACGCACACACACACACUCACACUCACACUCACACACUCACACUCACACAC